AGCGGGACACUUAGCGCGCCUGCGCAAUGGGCGUUGGUCCGCUCGUUCUCUGUCGGGUCAUUGUCGUGCUUUUUGUUCCGCAGUAGGAGGCUUGGAGGCAGAGGAUUUUUCGCCUUUGUUUCCCUUCUUUAGCUUCUCCACCUAUGGACUCUGAAAGCUACUGCUGCUACUACGGAGCUAGACAGUUGCUGUCACGGCUCUAGGAUGCAAUUAAAAAUCACUGGAAUGGAGAGAAAGUGUCAUAAUCAUCCUAUGUUAUGCUCCUUGUCAAAAAUGUACACAUUCCUGCUAGGUGCCAUAUUCAUUGCUUUAAGCUCAAGUCGCAUCUUACUGGUAAAAUAUUCCGCCAAUGAAGAGAACAAGUAUGAUUAUCUUCCAACUACUGUGAACGUGUGCUCAGAACUGGUGAAGCUAGUUUUCUGUGUGCUUGUGUCAUUCUGUGUUAUGAAGAAAGAUCAUCCAAGUAUGAAUUUGAAAUGUGCUUCCUGGAAGGAAUUCUCCAAUUUCAUGAAGUGGUCCAUUCCUGCCUUUCUUUAUUUCCUGGAUAACUUGAUUGUCUUCUAUGUCCUAUCCUAUCUUCAACCUGCCAUGGCUGUUAUCUUCUCAAAUUUUAGCAUUAUAACAACAGCUCUUCUAUUCAGAAUAGUGCUGAAGCGGCAUCUAAACUGGAUACAGUGGGCUUCCCUCCUGAUUUUAUUUUUGUCUAUUGUGGCCUUGACUGCUGGAACUAAAAUGUCAGAGCAUAACCUGGCAGGACAUGGAUUUCAUCAUGAUGCCUUCUUCAGCCCAUCCAAUUCCUGCCUUCUUUUCAGAAGAGAGUGUUCCAGAAAAGACAAUUGUACAAUAAAGGAGUGGACUUUUCCUGAAGCUAAGUGGAAUAUCACAGCCAGGGUUUUCAGUCACAUCCGUCUUGGUUUGGGCCAUGUUCUUAUUAUAAUCCAAUGUUUCAUUUCUUCAAUGGCCAACAUCUAUAAUGAAAAGAUAUUGAAAGAAGGGAACCAGCUCACUGAAAGCAUCUUCAUACAGAACAGCAAGCUCUAUUUCUUUGGCAUUCUUUUUAAUGGACUGACCCUAGGUCUUCAGAGGAGUAACCGAGAUCAAAUUAAGAACUGUGGAUUUUUUUAUGGCCACAAUGCAUUUUCAGUAGCCCUUAUUUUUGUGACUGCAUUCCAGGGCCUUUCAGUGGCUUUCAUCCUGAAGUUCCUGGAUAACAUGUUCCAUGUCUUGAUGGCCCAGGUCACCACUGUCAUCAUCACAGCAGUGUCUCUCCUGGUCUUUGACUUCAGGCCCUCUCUAGAAUUUUUCUUGGAAGCCCCAUCAGUCCUUCUCUCAAUAUGUAUUUAUAAUGCCAGCAAGCCUCAAGGUCUAGAGUAUGCACCUAGGCAAGAAAGGAUCCGAGAUCUAAGUGGCAGUCUUUGGGAGCGUUCUAGUGGGGAUGGAGAAGAACUGGAAAGACUUACCAAACCCAAGAGUGAUGAGUCAGAUGAAGAUACUUUAUAAUUGGUACCCACAUAGUUGGAAGCUUUACAAACCUUAUUUUCACAUUUUCAGCAUUUGUAAUAUUUAUCUUUCCACUUUGAUAAACCAGGAAUGUUUCUAAAGCAUAAUGCUCUUUGUAUAUAUCUAACCACUCCCUAAGUAGUUACACAACUAAGGCUUAGAAUAUCCAAAGGCUAAAAAAUUCUAAGGAAAUAAUAUAGAAGUAAUAGUAUAAAAAAUACAUUAACAGCUCAUUACAUUAACUUGACAAAUCAGCAAGAUGCCUUUGCAGAUUAUUUUUCUUGACCCCCAAAUUUCCAAAAACUGGCAAUGAUUAUGUUAACUAUGCCUAUAAAUAUACAGAUAGAGAUCAGUUUGCCAGAUUGUCAUAAUUAUGUAGUUCUGAUCUACAGGCCAAACUCUUCUCUUUUUUAUCAUUAUAAAUAUCACCUAUGUUGCCCCAUGAAUUUUGAGAUCCUAGAGAUAGUCAUUUUGCAAGUAAAGGUCAAAGGGAUUCUUUCUAAAAAUGAUGGUUGAAACACCAAUAUCUGGCUAUAUCACACAAGUGUGAGUAAUGACAUCUGUGCUAAAUGUUUUGCUGAAGAAGCAACUUUUCAGAAGCAGGAUCUCAGAAUUUUAAUUUGUAUGGAUUUGUGGGAAAUGUAGUUUUUAAUAAUUAUCUUUCUAUAUUUUUAAGUUGGUUUCCAGUCACCACAGUUACCACUUGUAUUUUAAACCACUUAAGCCAUGGUGGGAUGUUUUUUCUCAGUUGGUGUCUUACAAAGUUGACAUCAUUACUCUUAAGUUAUUAUAUCUUGGAGAAUUAGUAAGACAUUGUAUUAGUUAUUAAUUUAGACUUGUGACUGUCAUAUGUUUUCAUGUCAUAUCUUGUUCCCAAGAAUUGAGACACUGGUUUCAGAAUUAAACCAAUUGUCAGUAAAGCUAAUGCCUAAAAGCUUUUAAAAGGAUCCUUUUAAAAGGGUCACUUUGUAAACAAAUGUUGACUUAGUGAAAUAUGAAUAGUAUUACUCUAAAAAUAGGAAAACCAGUAAUAAAUAAAGCACUUUACUGUUUCACACUUAUCAA